UCAUUAUCAGCGACCAGUGAGCCUCUAAUAUUACUGUAUCAUCAUCUCUAUUAAUUCUCUAGCUAAAUCAAUCAAUCAAUCAUUACUGUCCGAUCAUCACGUGGAAGAGUUCCAGCGGGAGAAUGAAUCCAACUCAGGCCAACAUGAACAACCCUAUUGCACCGGCGGCUUCUGCUGGGAAAUGGACCACAGGCCUCUUCGGCUGCUGUGAGGAUCCUGGCAGCUGUGUCAAAACAAGUUGCUGCCCGUGCAUUACCUUCGGCCAAAAUGCUGUCAUCCUUGACAGAAAUGAUACAACUUGCUUUCCGUCGGGGCUUGUGUUUUGCUUGCUGGCGCAUAUAGGCGUGGCGUGCUUGUACUCGUACCCUUACCGGCACCGGCUAAGAGAGCAGUACGGGCUGCCGGAGCAGCCCUGCGGGGACUGCAUAUUGCACUGGUGCUGCGGGCCGUGCGCUGUAUGCCAGGAGUACAGAGAGCUGAAGAACAGGGACCUUAACCCUUCCAAGGGCUGGGAAGGCCAUGCUGCCCGGUUCACUAAUGGCGGCGCCAUGGCGCCUCCGCCGGUUGCUCAGGGCAUGCCGCGGAAUUGAUUGAUUUGAUUCGAAUCGAUCGCAACUUGUGAUGGUCUCGCUUUUUUACGUCAUAUUCGAGCUCUAUCUACUCGUGAGUUGUGAAAGUACGUUUUAUUAUAAUCUGAUCGGUUGUUGGCCGGGUGACGAGAGAUUAUUGGUCACUAUAUGUUAUCAGUGAUGGAUAAAUAAUAUUGUGUUUCAUAU